GCAGGGCUCCGCCCACCAUUGUGGCUCCGUCCGCCCCUGGUAACUUUCCCUUCUCCUGUACAGUGCGGGAGCGGUGACCUGAAGGCUGCCCCUUUGCAGUGCAGAGGCUUCCGUUAGAGUGGACUAUAGAACCGGAGGUUAUCCGGGACCGCGCUAAAUGCACAGUCACACGAGCACCCGAGCACUCUUUACAACUCUGUCACUUACGCAGGCGCGGUGACGUCACAUCAGUGGGCGGGACCUGUGUGCGUACCUCUCGUUGGAGCUGUAACUUCUCUGCUCUACGCUUUUCCCUCCCCGGGGAGGUGUUGACCUGACGUAGCUAAUGAACCGGCUGACUCAGAAAAUGUCGGGCCUGCAGCUGAACUUCAGCCCGCUAAAGGAGCCUCUGGGGUUCAUCAAGGUGCUGGAGUGGUUUUUUUCAAUCUUCUCAUUUGCUACAUGUGGGGGAUACAGUGGUAAAACCAGUUUAUUUGUUACCUGCAAAGAAAAUAAUACACUGAAUGGAACUAUUGAAGCCACGUUUACGUAUCCCUUUAGGUUAAAUAAUGCCUUGUUCCAAGAAGUGUCUGGUAAAUUUUGUGCAGGGAAACUUCCAGGGUGGCAUCUUACUGGUGAUUAUUCCUCAUCGGCUGAAUUUUAUGUUACAAUUGCAGUUUUCGCCUUUCUUUACUGUAUUGGCGCACUUGUUUUGUAUCUUGGAUUUAGACAUCUUUAUCAGGAUUCUAAAAAACUGCCAUUAAUUGACUUCAUCAUAACAGUCAUUUUUGCCUUUAUGUGGCUUGUGAGUUCCUCUGCAUGGGCUAAAGGAUUGACUGACAUUAAAUAUGUGACCAGCCCAAGCACAACUGCAAAACUAUGCCAUCAGUUGUACCUAUGUACUCCAGGUUCUGAAUCGCGCAUGGGAAGUCUAAACAUAUCUGUGGCUUUUGGUUUCUUGAAUUUGAUUUUGUGGGCAGGAAAUGCAUGGUUUGUCUAUAAGGAAACAGACCUACGUCCACCACAACCAUCCAAUCCUGAAGACCCACCACCAUCGUCGAUGUAAUGGAAAUUUAAACGUCCAGUUAUAACAGUUUGCCAAUUUUGUCUCUUUCGUGCAGGUAGCCAAGAAGACAUUGAUAUAUAAAUGGGUAGGAUUAGAAAUUUUCUACAGGGCUUGUGAUACUAUUUUUUUUUUUUUUUUUUUUAAAUCUACUAUAUAAAAACCUUAUAAUGUGAUAAUACAGUAUGUCUUCAUGGUAAGUCAUCAGUGAUGAAGAUUGUCACUCCACUGUAAAAUGUGUACCAUUGUACACAUACCUCACUAUCUGUACCGAAAAUGUAACCUAUAUUGUGGGGCCAUCAGAUAUUGGGUAAGGCUGCAUUUAAUAUUUAUAUGUAGGUAGGCUGACAAUGUUUUCACAUGAAUGGAUAUGUAGUGUAAUGUGCUGCAUAUAUAUCAACUCAACAAUUUUAUAAAAAGUACCUUCAAAUAAAAAAAUAAUUUGAGAACACAAUCUGUAGAACUCUAACAUUGCAUGUCAAAUUUGAGGAGUAUCAAAUGCUGGUGAUGAAUGGGGUUAUCAGGAUUAGAAAUGGCUACUUUCAUCUAGAAACAGAUCCACUCAUGUCCUCUGUUUCAAAGUGAAUUGAGCUGAGUUGUAAUAACACACACAACCUAGGGACCGGUUUGGUGCUGUUUUUGAACGAAGGCUAUGUUUUUUGUUUUGUUUUUUCUCUUUCCUGUUUUAAAUCCUGGAUAACCCCUUUUUAAUCUUUCUUUAUCAACUCUUUAUGUGAAAAAUCUAAUGACACAAAUUUAUAUUAAAUCGAGUUUAAUCCAGUCUCUCGAAUGGUGAUAGUCUUGGCCCAACCAUGUCUCUAGAGACUCACACUGUCAGCGUUACGAUGCUGCCAAUUUGGGUCAUUAUACCUAUAGUCCAGCCAGGACUUGCAGCCAAACUACAGAAUUGUCUACAUACAAAAGUUGCAGCAUUGAAGAGGGCACAUAAAUUCUUCAUGGUCUCUCCAGUCCUACCCUCCCCCCAUGGUGUGGCAUCCAUCGUGAAUAGCCGCCAUCUGAAUACUGGGUAGUACUAUUUCUGAGGCAAACCUAAGACAUAAAAAGUAUUGUGCACAAGCCCAUCUGCAAAAUUGUUUAAGUAUCCCUGGAGGGAUACUUUUACAAUUUUGUCAUCAAAUGUUACUCACUUAUCUUGAACCAACUUGACAAUAAAUAAUGGAAAAUAGGGCUUUUUCUGCACUGCAUUUUUGGUAUCUGGGAUCUUUUAAAAAAAAAAAUGCUUCAGGAAGUCUACUACACUGUUCUGUACUUUUUAUGUAUAUGUAUAGGCCAGAAGGACACACUUGCUUUUUGGACCCUUAUGGUGAUUUUCAGCAUGUAUGUUGGGAGGUUUUCCAAUGUACAUGCUAAAGGUAGGAAAAGUUUGCAGCGUGAAUUAUAGUAAUGCUAUAAGGGUACAGUUAGACUUCAUAAAGCAUCCCAAGAACGCAAAUCUUAGUUCUCAAACUGAAGUUUGUUACAUCUCGUAUAGUAAAUCUAUGUACACUUCUUAUAUAGAUUGAGACACUUUGUGCCAUCGCUGGGUAACAAUGGCAUCUACCUAACGUGUAUUUAAAAAGAGACAAUAUAGAUAUAUAGUGUGGUAUGUUAAAGGGGAAACUGACAGAUGGAUCAACUGCCACCAACCCAAAUUUAUAGGUGGUUAGUGUAGUUGAUCCUGAGUAAAAUUAUGUAUUCCUUACCUCCAAUCCAUUUAGCCGUUCCCAAGGUAUAGCACAAUCUUGGAAUAUGCAAAUGAACUUUUAACUUGGAGGUGGGUUUGAAGACUCUGUUCACGCUGUCCCGCUCAUCAAUAUUCAUUUACUUCUUAAGUGGGGUGGCGCCAGAGGUGCAGAUAGUUAUUAAACCCGCCUCCAGUGCAGUCAAGAGCUCAUUUGCAAGAUUGUGCUAUAACCACACUAACCACAUUCAGGUUAGUGGGGUUGAUCAAUCUGUCAGUUUCUCUUGAAAGGGUACCUAAAGGGUAUGUUUGGUAGUGACUGUAAGGGUAAAGGUGUUCUAACGCCUAUAAGGGUCUCUUCACACGUACAAUAUACUGUGCAGAUUUAAUGCUGUGUUCAGUUUACAUUGAAAUAUGCAGCAGAAAAUCCUGCGCAUCAAAUCUGCACAGAAUACUGUACGUGUGAAUAGACCAUAAAUGUACAUUUUGCAUGUGUACACCACUGGUAUCUAUUAAUGGUAAAUAUAUCGUUCUUAAAACGACACUAACAUUUUUACAACCUUAAUGUAAAUAUCUAAAUUUAUAUAAAACUUGCAUUGAUGUACUGUACUAAGAGAAUACCAAACUGCUGUAAUAUCACUUUCUGUAAUGACUGUCUGCAAAAGCUCCAAGCACAUGCAUUUUUUUUUUUUUUUUUUUUUUUUUUUUUUUAGCACAUGAUUUUUUCAUAUUGCAACUGGUGAUGCACUCGGUGUACUUCUUUAUGGUCUAUUCACACCUACGGUAUCUUGCGCAGGAUUUUCUGCUGCAGAUUUCAAUGUAAACUGAAUGACUGAACACAGCUUGAAAUCCUGCACAUCAAAUCUACGCAGAAUACUGUACGUGUGAAUAGACCUUUAAAGAGAAUCUGCCAUCACUUUAAUUCUGAUUUGAUGACUUGUAGUUCAGGCAGCAUGAAAGUAAUGACAGGUUUUCUUUAAAAUCUGUCUAUAAAAUUAAUUAAUGGAGCAUUGUUGUUUAAGCAUCUAAAUGCUUUUCAUUGUCUGGUAAAUGACUUCUCCAAUAUACUUUUAAGUAUCAACUCUGCUUGGUUCUGUUUGGAUCAAAACUCUGUCCCGGUAAUGUAGUAGACACACCAAUGUAAAGAGCCAUGUACCUCUAUAGCCAUCUGGACAGAUUUUAGUCUACUGGAAGUAAACAAUGACAGCUUCUAUUAAAUAACAAGCAGAGUUCUUGAAACCUACAAAACAAAUGAAGCAGAAAGUAUAUUGAGAAAAUGGCAUAAUUUUGUAAUUAUACUAAGUGUUUUAUUUGCCGAAACUGUAAUACCCCUUUAAUGUAGGUGCACCAGCCUUCCAUUUUGCUUUUAUUUCUGUUUCAACACCAUUCUAUUUUGUAUGGUUUAAUCAUAUGUUACUUUUUCAUGUUAUACGUACCAUGAAGUGCUAUAUUAAAACUGUUGAAUACCGUU